UGUCGUUCACAAUGGAACAAGUUUGUGAUCCAGUUAAGAAGAAUCAAUGAAGAGAGGCCAAUUACCACUAACACAAUGAAAGGACUGCUACAUAUCGCUGCGUUUGCAGCGCUAUUGUCCGUUGCGUCUGCAUGGACGUCCAGGGUGCACCCAAACUGCAGCUACGCAGACAUAGAAGGCAGCUGGAUGUUCUACGAGGGGGAGAGGAACCUCAACAAUAGCGCCCAGUGCCUGUCUGUCGAUCCAGUUCGAGUAACGAAAGUACAACUGUAUUACCCCAAUCAGGCGACCGACCAGUUCGGCAACGUUGGUACGUGGACCUUACUCUACAAUACCGCAUUUGAAGUUUUAAUCAAUGGAAGAAAAUAUUUUGCAUUUAGUUACGCAGAAAUGAUUGAUAACUACUUCAUCAGAAGUCUGUGCAACCAGACGUAUCCUGGAUGGUCUUACGAUGUUACUGUCAGACACUGGUCCUGUUUCUAUGGGGUCAAGGAAACUCAGACUGGUGCUAAACUCCACGCUGACAACUUCAGGAAAGCGCAGGCAAGUGAAGCCUCGUGGUUGGUGGAAGUAUUUUGCGCGGAAGUUUAG